GCUCUGCAGAAGUCUGCAGCCAGCCAUGCAGGCCGGGCGUUUGACCAGCGUCCUCAACUCUGAUUUCUGCGUCCAGCUUCUUUCAGAAUGCUGGCGUUGAAGAUUGUAAAGCAGCGGCAUAUUAACAAGCCUUUCAACUCUCGCCAGUUUCUCUCGUCUCCGCAUGCUCUCCAAUGUGCUGAAAGCAAUCAGCAAGACUGCCGCUUGCAGAUACUUGAUUUGACAAUUCUGUGGCCAUUUGAUGCUGCACUGCAUUUGCAUCAUCUGUUUACAGCUGCGGACAAAGAGCCAAUCGCUGAGGGAGGAACAGCUCAAUCAUGUCAAUAAGGGUUUGGUUUCAGGCACCUUUUCUUUGAGAGGAGCAAUUGGAGCCAGAUUGCUAGCUGAAAUUUAGGAGUGGCGUCUGCUCUCAAACCACCUGGCCAGAAGCUGAAGUUGGAGGCCGCCAAAUCUACCUAGACCAGUGUGGUGGUGAAAGAAUCCUCAUACGUAGAAUGCCCUGAACAGCCCCAUAAAGGGCACCGGCUUCGCACUUAGCAACCAGAAGAAAGGAGUAAAAUGUUCAAAAAGCCUGAAUAGCGGAGAAAUGCAAGAAGCCUGAAUAGCUCACAGAGUCCGGUUAGGUGGAACAUCUGCAUGAUGCAGGCCUUUCUGAGAGACCACAAGAUAGGCGACCUUGUGGUGCGCAAGCAGCAGCUGAUUCAGGUGCCCUACACCUCGACAGUGGGUGAUGUCAUCAACGCGUAUCUCACCGACGAUGUGCUGGCGUACCCAAUCACGGCGCCUCCCAAUGAGUGGAUUGGUGCGCUGGGGGGCGGCAGCAGCGUCCUGGAGAGUGACCCCUCUACGGGGCUGCCGACGAAGCAGUACAUUGGCGUGAUCAGCGUUUUGGACGUUCUGAUGCACUUUGCGGACAAUGCGGACAACAUUGAGUGGGCGCUGGAGGCCCCGGUUGAGAAGCUCGUUGGGCGCUCCAUCGAGGGGCUCAAUCUCAUCGUGCUGCGCCCCGACACCACGAUCCUGGCAGCCCUUGACACCCUUGCCAAAGGGGUGCACCGUGUCCUCGUCCCCCAAACCACGUCCUCCCUCCCCGGCACCCCCCGCUCCUCCCGAAGGUCCGACGGGUUUGCGGAGGCGGGGUCCAACUACCACUUCCUGACGCAGACCGACGUCAUCCGGUUUGUUGUCCAAAACGAGGAGGCUUUCGCGGGGCUUCUCUCUAAAACCGUCCAAGCGGCUGACGUCAUUCACGCGUCGGUGCUGUCGAUCCCGGCGUUCAUGCUGAUGGUGGAUGCGCUGCGGUGCAUGCGCAACGCGGCCGUCUCCGUGGCGCAGCCCAUCACGGCAAUCGCGGUCGUGGAGGCGGACCACGCAACGUUCCCGGAGGCGGAGGAACCCAUGAUGGUACAGGGAAAGGGCUUAAAAGUGGUGGGCACACUGGCGGCGUCCCACCUCCGGGGGGUAACCACCGAGGUGCUCAAGGGGCUGCCCUACCUUACCGUCAUCGACUUUCUCUCCCGGGUAUCGAUGGCCCGGCGGUUCGGUUUCGGGGCGGUGCACAAAGACGGCUCUCGACGGAGCAGUCUCGGUACGACCCCCCGGUCGUCGGACGACGGGGCGGGGACCUCCGAAGAUGCGCCCGGGCCGAGAGCCCCGGUCACUUGCUCGCCCGAGACGCCGCUCGGGGAAGUGCUGAAGCAGGCGUUGAAGGGACGGACGCGGCAGGUGUGGGUGACCGACCCCGGGGGGUUGCUUAGCGGACAGCCUGAGGUCAGAGGGCCAAACAUUGACGGGGCCAGUCCGGAGGGAAGACAGUGCAUGACUCAAACGGCGUCGAUCGGUCGGACGAGAGAGCCUCUGGACAUUGCGGAGAGCACAAGGGCAGGGCUGCCCAAGGGGUCCAGUAACAAAGGUAACAUGACACGUUGUUGCUUCAACAACCGGGGAGCGGUAAUCCAUAUCGAUGCAGCCGUCUUCGCGGUUGUCAAAUAA